CUUCCCCCCCUUUAUCUUCAAACUCUCUAUAUAAAUUAAUUACUUGCGUAACUAACCAGCUAAGAACUUGAAGCCCUCAUACCAUAAUGCAGACUAAUCCUCCCAACCCCCACCAAAAGCCUCCGGCGGCCGCUGCUCGACAACGGCCGCUGUGGCUAAACAUUGUCGGGUUAUUAUUAGCGCUAAUUAUUGUCAGCGGCAUUAUCGUCCUCAUAGUCUGGUUGGCGAUCCGCCCACACAGGCCGGUUUACGCCAUCGUCAACGCCACCGUCCACAACUACAACUUAACCGAUCACGACAACCGCCUCACUGCCGAUUUCAACUUCACCAUCAAAGCCUACAACCGCAACAAAAGGACCUCCAUUAAAUACAAACCCUUACAAGCUCAUCUCUAUUUCGAGAAUGAGCAGAUUGCUACCGCCACCGCCGCCGCGUUCCGCCAGCCUGCCCGGAACACGACCUAUUUCCCCAUCUUUCUUCAGGCCAAAAACGUGACACUUUACGGCAACACUGCGAAGGACUUCAAGAAACAGAGGACGGCCGGGAAGGUUGAGCUGGAGCUUAAGUUCCGAGGUGGGGUUCGGUUUAAGACCGGCGAGUGGAAGUGGCGUCAUCGCAGGAUGAAGGUGACGUGUAAACCUACGGUGAUGUCGUACUCUUCCAACAAGUUUAAGGAGGUGGCGUGCCACGUAGAUUUCUGAUGCUGCUGGAGAAGUGAAUCCCACCUGUGUGGCCCCAUGUCAAAGAGUGUAACUACUGUGGAUUUAUGUUUUUUGUUGUUUUUCCUUUUUGUUUUUUGAGUUUCAUGUAUGUGGAAUUAAUUUGUGAUUUUUUAAACCCUCUAUGCAAUUGAAAAUUCGGUUCUGUCAUGGUCAUAUAUAAUAAUAAAGUGCUCUUUAUGUUUGAUUAAGAGGCUCUUCGGUAACUUCAUGAUUAAUCAUUAAUGUUACUCCCUCCGUCCCAAUUUAC